UAACCCUGAUUGGAUGUUGAGCACGUGCCGGUCACUUGCACGUGGGUGAAAUAGUGUAUGGAUUAUGAUAUAAAUAAGGCACCAAUAUCGGUAUUUGAAACAGAAUCCAAAGUGAAACCCCAGACCAUUCCGGAAUAUAUCCUCUUGGAGAAUACGAGCUUUAUAUUUCUAAACAUGAAAGUAAUAGUAUUUUGUGUUCUAAUUGCUGUUGCUGCUGCUGCAGUUUCAAAAUCAAGGACGAAGAGAGAAGCUUUCGAACUGCCAGAUGGAGCUGAUUUAUUAGUAGGCAGUGUUAAAACCUCUUUUGCUUGUCCCCAAGGUUCCGAAGGUUAUUACGCCGACAUUGAAAACAAUUGCCAGAUUUUCCACGUUUGUCAUACCAACGUCCAAGAAGAUGGCUCGUCGGAAACUACUCAAUUCAGCUUCCUGUGUGGAAACCAAACGAUGUUUAACCAAUUGAGCUUCACAUGCGGUAUGCCCGAGGACUCAGUUCCAUGCCAGGAUGCGGCUAGCUUCUUUUACCUCAAUGAUAACCUACGAAGUGGUGAUCCAAAAGCUCUUUUCUUAGAUGACCAAGAUAUCCAACGAGCUGCACCACUCAUUCAAAAUUAUGCAGCAAGAAAUUUAAACAGCCCAGCACCAGCUAGACGAGGUUAAACCAAUUCACAUUACCACUAACUGAGAGAUUUACUUGAUAUGGAAGCGCAUGUUGGCAAAGGUUAUUGCUGCGAUAGCUUUAAGCUACCUACAGUUUUGAAAGACGGUAGAAAAAAAAAGUUCCUGUUAACUAAAAUAGAUAUUUUGAUGUUUCACGCUGAUAUUUAGAUUUAUUUUUUAUUGACGCAGCUUUUUCCCUCUACUUUUAAAUAUAAUUGAAAGCUGCGAAUCUCUUAAACUAGAGCCUGGCUUUUGUAAAGCUAUAAACUCAAGUUUCUUUGUUCCAAAUUGAAAUUUGCAUCUGUUAUCAACACUCUUCCUUUUAAAACCAUAUUUUGUGUUUAGAGAGAGUAUAAGCAUCAAAACAAUAACGAUAAGUAUUUAAAUCGACUUGAUACUAAUAUACAAAAUAGCUUGUGAAUGAUAAAAUAUAAAGUGAAAACAAUUAAAUCAUGUUGAACAAAGCCUCCAUAUCAUGCAAAUUUCUUGAUUCAAGGAACGAAAUGGCUUUCUCGGUACCCGGAUUAGACAACAAAUUUCUGUGAUGUGCCUUAUUGUAUGUUUUGUAUUUAAAUGAAGCCAGUAUUGUUAUGCUUGUCACGCUUUUCAAAUCACCUUCUUAAAGUUCCAUUUGUGUUAUGUUUAUGGAAAAGAAGAUAUUUAUUCUUCUGGAUGGGAUGUGUGAAAUAUUAUAUAAAAGUUCUCGUAACGCACAUAAUUGUUUCUGUUCUCUGUGUAAAACAUGUAAAUGUGUGAUACUUUUGUAAAAAUUAUUUUCUUUUGUGUAUGCUUUGUGUGUAAAUAAAUGCAAAUUUCAUAAUGCA